AUGCAGAUUUUCGUGAAAACCCUCACCGGAAAGACUAUCACUCUUGACGUUGAGUCAGCUGAUACUAUCGACGCCGUCAAGUCAAAAAUUCAGGACAAGGAAGGCAUCCCUCCUGACCAGCAGCGUCUUAUUUUCGCUGGCAAACAGUUGGAAGACGGCCGUACGCUGUCAGAUUAUAACAUCCAGAAGGAGUCCACCCUUCACCUGGUUCUCCGUCUCCGUGGAGGAAUGCAGAUCUUUGUCAAAACCCUCACCGGAAAGACUAUUACCUUGGAGGUGGAAUCUUCUGAUACCAUCGAUAAUGUAAAGAGCAAAAUCCAAGAUAAAGAAGGCAUCCCCCCAGACCAGCAACGCCUGAUCUUCGCUGGAAAGCAACUUGAGGAUGGCCGCACCUUGUCCGAUUAUAACAUCCAAAAGGAAUCGACCCUCCAUCUCGUCCUUCGUCUGCGUGGUGGAAUGCAAAUCUUCGUUAAGACUCUGACCGGUAAAACCAUCACCCUGGAAGUGGAAAACUCAGAUACCAUCGACAACGUGAAAAGCAAAAUCCAAGAUAAAGAAGGUAUCCCACCAGAUCAGCAACGGCUCAUCUUUGCCGGAAAGCAACUUGAGGACGGCCGAACACUCUCGGAUUACAAUAUCCAAAAAGAAUCCACACUUCACCUCGUCCUCCGACUUCGUGGCGGUAUGCAGAUCUUCGUGAAAACUCUUACCGGAAAAACCAUCACACUAGAAGUUGAGAGUUCCGACACCAUCGACAACGUGAAGAGCAAAAUCCAAGAUAAAGAGGGUAUCCCACCAGACCAGCAGCGCCUUAUCUUUGCUGGUAAACAGCUGGAAGAUGGCCGAACCCUUUCCGACUAUAACAUUCAAAAGGAAAGCACUCUCCAUUUGGUGUUGAGAUUGCGGGGUGGCCACUAA